CGCACAUCCCUUGGUUCUAUUACUCGACGAAUCAUAAUGAUUCGAGUUUGAUGUCGAGGAACCAUGUCCCCGAUUACGAUUCGAGUUCGACAUCGAGGAACCUACAACACCUAGAUGACAUAGAGAAUGAAUCUCAUGGAGAAAAUCAGAAUGAUCGCGAACCUUGUAGAACAGACCCUCAGAUCUCCGAUUGUCCUGGCGAAGAUCAAGAUUACGAAGAUUCAGGUAGGAAUGAUGAAAUGAUGCGAUACUAUUGGUAUUGGGAGAACCGAUUAAGGGCAGCUUUUCUCCAUCUUUCUCGGCAUCUUGGUACCCUUUUCCCUUGUAUUCUCAUGAAAUACAAGGUGCAAGGGGUCAAGAUGAGGGGGCCGAGAUGCAAUCUAGCAGACUCUAAACCGAGGGUGGACAUGUGGAUACGAGUGGGACGUGAGGUUUCAGCAAUAUGGUCCUUGGACCUACGACCCGGACAAUGACUUUCGCAGAAAUGGGG